AUGGAAGUCGAAUGCGGACAGUGGAGCGAGCAUGAGCAGCCGUUGUGGCCUAGGGGAGAAGAGCCAGACAGGCUGCACCCGGGAAGCUCGUAUUUGUCGAGCACAAGCUUGCCGGAGCAUGUCGGCAACCCGGCGUCGCAAGGAGCAGAGCAUUUUCCUUCGUUGUUCCCCAUGACAGCAAAUCGAAUGGCUCAGUCUCCUCGCAACGGAGUUACGACGCCAGUAAUGCAUUGUUUCGGCGGUAUAAACAUGCUCGGAUCUGGCAUCAACAUGGAUCCGCAACCUAUGACUGCACAGUACUCUUGGGCGCAGGAUGUUGAUGGCAUGUUCGCUCCUUCGCACCACAUCAAUGCCCCCAAUGCUUUUCAGUCCCCUAUGUACAUCUCUCUGCAGCAUUGUGAUUCUGCGCCCUCGGAGAAGCAGACUCUACAGCCGCAUGCGAACACGUCUACGAGGUUCCAGGGCAGUGAUACACGCAUGCAGUUUUCGGGUUUUGGGCAUUCAGCCGUCCAUUACUCUGCAGACAUCCAUCCAAAUGGGGCAUAUUCGUACCGCUCGCCGCCAGAAAGCGAGACAAGCUCGCAAUCUUCACAAGGAUCUCCUCCUGAAUCUUUUAGCUACCCUUCACAUGGAGAUUCAAUUCCCAGCGAAGCAUCGAAAUCGCCGUUACUUGAACAAGAACUCCCAGGAGAUACACAAUCUACGAUCCCUGUUGACCCGGAGCUUGGUCGGCCUUCGUCUUACUUUGCGUCAAAGACGGCACAUCAACCCAGGCUGAAAACUCACCUCCCAGCAAGCGUUGACUCCCAGUUGAUGCCUCCCCCUUCAGCCGUUCCUGCGAAGAGACAUUUGGUGGACCUGGAGGCGGAGGAAGGGCUCGGCAAGGUUCCCUGUCGGGGCGGCCCCUUGACGCAGAAAAAGCGACUGGAUGCGGCAUCGACGAGGAAGUUGGGGGCAUGUAUUCGUUGCAGGAUGCAGCAUUUGACGUGUGAACCUAACCCGGAGCAUCCUGAGGGUCCCUGUCUCACCUGUACAAAGCUCAACAGAAAGUCGCCCAAAGUCGUCCACAGGAAUCUCUGCUGUCGGGCCAAGAUGGGCGAGAUCCAACUUUCCUUGCCAUGCAAUCUAGGCAUCACAGAACGAAAGUUUCAGAGCCUCGCAGAGCACGACCUCACUGAUGACGAGUGGAUGUCCAACAAGGUUGAAACGGUUCAGCUUAUGACUAGAGGAUUGUGCCGUCAUCCCCUCAAUAUUCGAGUGCGACUUUUCUCUCAGGAGCGAUAUGACAGACUCAACUAUUCGAUCAGGACUAGAUCGGGAGAUAAAGAGCACAUGCAUCUCCCGCCAUACGCCUUGGCCAAUGUGAGGGAUACGAGGCGCUCCUUUCAAGCAUACUUGGAUGAAAACUUCAUUACCAGCUUGAAGGAGCAGAUCGACAAGGAAGGCACUCAUCCCAUUAUUAGGGAACACUAUUUGGAAGCCCUGAUGCAUUACGACAAGCUUUGUGACGACUUCGAUGAGGAUAACAAGGAAAGACAAGUCCUCAAAGACUUUUUCAAGCUCAGAAUGGCACUCCAUCACUGCAUGAGUCCUUCUUGGGUGUAUGAUGAGUCUACUGGAAGCCACAAGUGCCUCGGAGUCUACAGAGUCAAGGACGAGAAGCAUCCUCUUCUUCACCGAAUCCCAACACCUCGAAUGAUUGUGGCCCAGCUUUACGCGAUUGUUUGUACGAAAUUUGUGGACACACUUACCGAGAAAGUGCUCCAUAAUCUCGAGCAGCUCUACAGCAGAGCGAAAUUCCAGCCGUUCUUCACAGUCUAUGUGGUUACCUUCCUGCUUCUCCAUGAAGUCUCAUUGACCAUUGGCCAUUGGAAGGAUGGAAGGGAGGUUUUCACCGGCAUCAUAAAAGAGCCGAUGUUGCCUCAAACAACAGACCCUUUUGCCACCAAAAUGUGUCACAACGCAGAGAUUCUGUUGUUGCAUUGGCACUACUACAGGAGGAAGCCCAAUGCUUCGGUGGCAGGAGACAACUUCUAUGGCGACGACAUGAACAAAGGCUUUCUGUCGGACGUCUCCGGAAGUCAGAAGUUUCUUGUCAAAAAGACUUGGGUUGACCUGAAGCAGAAGUUUACAAACGAACUUUUUGAUGAAAAUGAUUUCCAAGGCUCGGGUGGACUUGAGCUUGACAUUCAUCCCCUCUACUGGGCUUCGCAGAUGUUUGUUGAAAACUGGGUACCCUUCCAACACGUCUCGGUCCGUCGCAAAGGUACGUCCGCGACCUCGCCGUGGACACCGGGGACGCCACCAGAGAUGCCAUCGCUGGAAGAGGAUUGCCGCACCUGA